GCACAGAUGAGGAUGUCAGAGCCAGGAUUGCAAAGACAGCAAGACACACCUUCACCAAUCUGAAAUCAGUGUGCAGAUCUACUGCGCUGCACUGCACUACACUGUAUUGCACUGCAUUCCAUUCAGCACAAAGCGUCAACAACAUCCGGAUUUUCAACACUACUAAUGUCAGUCAAAUCAGUGCUGUAUGUGAUGGUUGGGAGACUUGAUGCGUUAUGGAAAGCAUUUCCAACAAACUACAGACAUACAUCAUCAACACCUGCUGCCUACACUCACUCGAUACUGACAUUGAAGAUUGGGUAAGUGGCCUUAAUAACAAGAAUAAGGAAGAAGGAACUUUGGCUGGCUGGCUGGUAUCGAACCAACCAACUAACCGGGAAUGUGUCGUCCAACAAAUAGGGAUUAGAAGAAAUUGGAGAUGUACUGGUGUGGAGUGGACUGGACUGGACUGGACAUACACUGAGAAGAGGGUUUUGGGACAUCAGGCGUCAGACCAAGCCGUCGAGUGGAACUCAAAGGGGAAACGACGAGUUGGGCUCGUGAGCCAAGGUGACAUGGAGGAGAUGAUGUGAGGAGGAAAUGAAAGAUUUUGGGCAGUGGUGCAGCGAGGUUGAAAAGACUGCAGAGAGGAGAGUGAAGUGGUGACGUGCUACUGAAGUCUUAUUUUCCACUAGGAACACAAGGGACAAAUAAUAAUAGUCUAUCUGCUGUAGGAUAAAGAGAAGCGUUUCAGCUCCUUAUGUCGACCUUCAUAGGUGAGGCCAGCCAUCUCAGGGAUCAUACGAGUGGUUGUUCUCUGAGCUCUUUCCAGGAGGUCUGCAUCAUCUUUCAGACAAGGAUUUGGUGCCUG